AUGUCCCACUCAAUUCUCCCCCACAUCCACAGCUAUCCAUGUCCCACUCAACUCUCCCCCACAUCCCAUUCACAGCUAUCCAUGUCCCACUCAACUCUCCCCCACAUCCCAUCCACAGCUCACUCAACUCUACACCACAUCCCAUCCACAGCUAUCCAUGUCCCACUCAACUCUCCCCCACAUCCCAUCCACAGCUAUCCAUGUCCCACUCAACUCUCCCCCACAUCCCAUCCACAGCUCACUCAACUCUACACCACAUCCCAUCCACAGCUAUCCAUGUCCCACUCAACUCUCCCCCACAUCCCAUCCACAGCUCACUCAACUCUACACCACAUCCCAUCCACAGCUAUCCAUGUCCCACUCAACUCUCCCCCACAUCCCAUCCACAGCUAUCCAUGUCCCACUCAACUCUCCCCCACAUCCCAUCCACAGCUCACUCAACUCUACACCACAUCCCAUCCACAGCUAUCCAUGUCCCACUCAAUUCUCCCCCACAUCCCACCCACAGCUAUCCAUGUCCCACUCAAUUCUCCCCCACAUCCACAGCUAUCCAUGUCCCACUCAAUUCUCCCCCACAUCCCAUCCACAGCUAUCCAUGUCCCACUCAACUCUCCCCCACAUCCCAUCCACAGCUCACUCAACUCUACACCACAUCCCAUCCACAGCUAUCCAUGUACCACUCAAUUCUCCCCCACAUCCACAGCUAUCCAUGUCCCACUCAACUCUCCCCCACAUCCCAUCCACAGCUCACUCAACUCUACACCACAUCCCAUCCACAGCUAUCCAUGUACCACUCAAUUCUCCCCCACAUCCACAGCUAUCCAUGCCCCACUCAAUUCUCCCCCACAUCCACAGCUAUCCAUGCCCCACUCAAUUCUCCCCCACAUCCCACCCACAACUAUCCAUGUCCCACUCAAUUCUCCCCCACAUCCACAGCUAUCCAUGCCCCACUCAAUUCUCCCCCACAUCCCACCCACAGCUAUCCAUGUCCCACUCAAUUCUCCCCCACAUCCCACCCACAGCUAUCCAUGUCCCACUCAAUUCUCCCCCACAUCCACAGCUAUCCAUGUCCCACUCAAUUCUCCCCCACAUCCCACCCACAGCUAUCCAUGUCCCACUCAAUUCUAUCCCACAUCCCACCAACAGCUCCCCACCUCUCACCCACCUCCUCCCAUGUAUCUUGAUACCUCUCGUCCUAUUUCCUCCAAACCCUCUCCACAGCCUGCCACUCCCGCCUCUCUAAAAGUUAUAAAACGUUAA